AUGGGAAGAACAGAAAAAGACAAGAUCUCUCAGACUCCAUAUCUCAAUGUGGUCUAUGGUGGACGGAUACGUCUUAUAAAUGGAAUGGUGCUGGUCAGCACCUGCAAGAUGAACUUUUACAAAUUUCCCUUUGACACUCAGAACUGCAGCCUAACCUUCAGGUCAAUCCAACAUGACUAUGAUGAAAUAAAGCUUCUUCCACGGCGCAGUAAUAAAGAUAUAUUAAAUAAAACUCGUAAGGACAUGAAGGAUGAGUCUGAGUGGCUUCUCAUGAACGUGACCGUGGAAACCAAAGAGGUCUACAGUUUUAACACUUUCAGAAGCCUGCUCAUUUACACGGUCACCAUAAAGAGGCGAUCAGUCCUCUAUGUGGUCAACUUCAUACUCCCCAUCCAGUUCUUCUUGUUUCUGGACUUGGCCUCCUUCCUCAUCUCAGAGAGCGGAGGUGAGAAGCUCAGCUUCAAGGUCACUGUGAUGCUGGCUGUCACGGUGAUGCAGCUGAUUCUGAAUGAUAUUCUGCCUUCUUCUUCAGACAGGAUCCCCCUUAUAGCGAUCUAUUGUAUCGGGGCUUUUGGUUUCAUGAUGCUGAGCCUCUUGGAGACGAUCUUGAUGAUGUACCUGAAGGAAAAAGACGAUGUGUCCCAGGACAAAGAGGCAGAUGAAGACCAAAGCCCAGAAGACAACUGUGGAGAGAAACCAGGAAGAAUGCAAAAAUUCUUUAGAGAUGUGUAUAUAUCAGUUCCCUGCAGGCGUGUCUUUGAUGUGUCCCCUGGUGAGAUGCCCCCAGAGCUGCUGCCUGAGGUACAAGAGGUUAGCAGCAGCCAGCUGACCGAGGAGUCCCACGACUCAGAGAAUCUAUUCGAGGAGCUGAGGGAGGUUUUAAAAACAGUGGCUCUGCUUCUCAGCAGCAGGAAGGAAGAAGAGAAACCCGGCUACUGGACCAGGAUGACCAAAACCAUCAACAGAAUCUACUUCAUGUUCUAUUUCAUAUCUACCACUCUGUUCCAUGGCGUUCUGUUUGCACAUUGGUUUAAUGAAGAAAACAAUUGGUUCUAA